AUGAGAAACAUGUCGACGAAACAGGUUUUGUCCGUUCUUGCCCUUCUUAUCGGCGCCGGCAUCGCCUCACCGGCACCCUACCCUAAAAAGGGUGACCACUCCGGUUUUCCAAAGGGCUCCAAGCCCGGCUUCGCCCCCUCCGGCGCCGUCCCUUCGCUCCCUCAACACUCCGGCACCACGGAUCCCGUAACGAACCCCCUCCAGCCGGCCGCAAGUGGUACACCAAGCAAGGGAAACAGCACCGGCGGCGGACCCACGCUCCCGUCCGGCUACAAAAAGAUCGUCUUCCAAGAUGACUUCUCCAAGCAACAGGCCGGCGCCCUCCCCGAUUCCUCAAAGUGGACCUUCGACGUCGGCACGAGCUACCCCGGCGGCGCCGCGAACUGGGGCACGCAGGAGAUCCAGACCUACACGAAGGACACCAAAAACAUCGGCAUCACGUCGAGCGGCACGCUGGCCAUCACCCCGAUCAAGAACGGCGAGUCCUGGACCUCGUCGCGCAUCGAGACCAACGCCGCGCAGGACUUCAAGUGCCCCGAGGGCGGCAAGCUGCGCAUGGAGGCCAGCAUCAUGAUCCCGGCGUCAGACCCGUCCACGCAGGCCGGCAUCUGGCCCGCCUUCUGGUCCAUGGGCUCCGCCUUCCGGACCAACGUGACCUCGUGGCCCAGCGUCGGCGAGAUCGACAUGCUCGAGGUGUCCAACGGCGUCGGCACCGUCUUCCAGACGGCCCACUGCGGCGUCAUCGACGGCGGGCCGUGCAACGAGAAGACGGGCCUGGGCACCAGCGCCGAGUUCCCCCGCGGGGAGUUCGUCAAGGUCGCGUGCGAGGUCGACCGCUCCGCCGGCGGCGGCGGGUUCCAGCAGGAGAAGCUCGUCUGGUACGUCAACGACAAGCCCACGCAGACCAUCACCGGCCAGCAGAUCGGCGACGAGACGUACUGGAGCAACCUCGCCCGCACCAGCAAGAUGAUCCUGCUCAACGUCGCCAUCGGCGGCGAGUUCCCCGAUGCGAAGGCCGGUACCAAGACACCCAACGCGCAGUCCGUCGGCGGCGAGAAGUCCAGGAUGGAGGUCAAGUACGUGGCGGUUUACAGCACUUGA